CAAGGGUCCCAAGGUUGGGGCGUCCUAUACUGCUUUUCCCAGGCCACAAGCAGGGUUAGAAUGUGGGAUUCUGUGUUACCUAAGGCCCACUUCCACGGACCCCAGGGAUGGUCUUCCUCCUUUCCCAGGACUAUUGUAAAAAUCAAAGUUAGAGAACAUGCUCAGGAAAGCCUGCUUUGUUCAUUCUGGAAGGCUGUUGUGAGAGAGAAUCAGUACUCACAGAUAGAAGGAGACCCUGUGGUGUUUCCUACACAACAGAAACAACCUCCCGCCUGCCAAACUUCACCAGGGGUGUUUGAAAUGCCCUUUGGUAGCAUUGCCCAAGUUCUGUCUGCACUCCUUCCUGUGUAGUUCUUGAAGCCAUACCUCUCUGGUUUGGUUCUUGGAGUUAAGAAAUAGUGUUUUGAGGGCCAGAAGGGAAACCAAUCCCAUUCCAUGACAUAUUGUGUCUGACCCACCCAAGGUUGCCAACAGGAACAUCCAAUAGGAACCCCAAAACCUCCUUCCUGUCCCCUGGUGAGCGCUCAGGUCACUGAACAGAUUGCUGACUGUGGGACAGAUGUGAGUGGGCAGGGUGCUUUGGCUGCCUGUGAAGGAAGAUGUGUCCCGAUUGUGGCCUACAUGUUUUUGUGAUGCCUUGGUGCAGGAAGACAAUUGAUUGGAUAUCUUUGUAGGAGGACAAUUGAUUGGAUAUCUGUAUGAGAACAAUUAAUUGGACAUACAAAACAGAAAUACUUCCAGGCAAGGGUGUGGAAACAAUUGAUGGGUUCCAUAGACAGACUGAUGGGAACUCCCAUAAUCUCAAGUCAACUCCUUGUUGUUGAUAUGUAAAUUCUUCAAAGACUCCUCCCUUAUCCUGUGAUUGAUGAACUAUUGAUCAUUAGUCAGUAGUCCAUAUGUGUGAUUAUCGGCUCCGUGCACCAAGUUCAUUGCUGUUGGAGAGUGAACAAAUGGUGCCUGAACAGGAACUUGAAAGCAGAUAGAAAGUGUGGAUAGUGAACAAGUGGCACCUGAACAGGGACCUAAAAACAAACAGAACGUGCGUCAGAGACCCCCUACAGAAAGAGGUAAGUGGAAAUAAUGGGCCAGAAUCAGUGGAGAACACAGUCUUUUAGCUCUCUUAUGUAGAACUUUUGAGUGAAAAGCGGAGCAAAGGCAGCAGUUGCAUUCUUGCUUAGAUGUUAUUCGCGAAUAUAACCCUUGGUGCCUGGAUGAAGGGACACUAGAAACUGAAUUUAAGACUUUUACCCAAAAAACUGGUGACUUGUGACUGUUGAUGAAGGACAUCCAUUGUAAAACUAGAGGGGGAAUCAACAUGGGGGUGAAGGGUAAGGACCUUGGGGAAGGGCACAGGCAGCCCCAGAACUUAUGGAGCUAUAUCAUAAAACAAAAUAUGCAGAAAAACGAACAAACAAAAAUUCCAAAUACACAAAUUGUGAAGACUAAUUUGACUAAGGGACACCUGAUACCUGAUGAAGCAUCGUGUCUGGAUUAGGCUGGGAGGGUGCUUCCAGAAGAGAUGCAUUUGAAGCAGUGCACUGAGUAAGGUCCUCACCCAGCAUGGAUAGGAACCUCUCAGUCAGUAGGAGGCCUGGAUAGAAUAUCAAGACAGAGGAGAAGCACAUUGGCCCCCACUUGUAAAGUUGACAUCAGAACGCCACACUGUACAGUCCUCAGCCUCCAGGGCUUAUGUCAGAGGUCCUCCCAUUUCCCAAGUUUUUGGCCUCAACUAAGAGUUACACCCUCCUAGUUCUCAGGCUUUGAACUUGGACUAAGUUAACAUUUCCAGCUCUUCUUUGAUUCUCCAGCCUCCAUAAUCAUAGGAGACAGUUUACAUAGUAAACACCCUCUUAUCUGUCUGCCUGUCUAUACUGAAGAAUGGUAAUGGAUCACACACCUCCAAAUAAGAAUCCAAGCCAAGUAGCAAGGAGGUAAACAAGGUCCUAAGAUAGAAAGACAGGGCCUACAAUAUAAGCAUUUUGGUUUACUGAGCAACUGUGGAAUCUGUUUUUGUUUUUGUUUUUGACCCCCAGGUGUGCAAUGGAAGUACAAUAGAAAAAUUACUUGAAAGAAUUUUAAAAAUAUAGAAAUUGAAUUUAAGACUUUUACCCAGAAAAAUGGUGAAAAGGCCCAAAGGAUAGAAGAUAUUCAUGUUAGCUUUUUGGAUUACAUGGGCUUUAAUUAAGGACAUUAUUAUAAUUUUAGAAAGGGAACCUGCAAAAACCUCCUCUAAAGGAGACGCUGCCGAAUCUGGCUAAAAAGGAAAUGCCUUGUAGUACGGAUGAGGUAGAAAGAGAAAGGGAACCCGUGAGCGAUCCCCCUAAUAGGAGAGACUGGCAUAAUAUGGCUAAAAAAGAAAUGCCUCAUAAUACUGAUGGAAAGGGGAAUGUGUGAAAGACUCCCCUAAUAGGACAUACCACAAUAAUUUGGCUAAGAAAGAAAGAAAUGCUUUAUACUACAGAUAAGGAAGAUGAAAAAGGGGAAUGCAUGAGAGACCCUCCUAACAAGAUAUUGCCAUCAUAAUGCAAGUAAAAGAGAAAGGCCUUGUACUACAGAUGAGGAAGACAGAAAAGGACAACUCAAGAGAGACUCCCCUAAUCCACUGUAAUGUGGCUGGAAAAGAGACUAAAACUUCCUGUUAUGCGGUGUAGCCAGUGAUAGCCAGCACUCAUUGACAUUGGGCAAAUGAAAUGUGGCAGUGUCCCCUACCCUCUGUCCUGAAGGUCCCAUGUGAUUCUCCGCAGGAGCUGCUAGCUUGAGUGGAGAUGCUCUCAGUGGGAGAGAGUGCACUGGACCCCCGGGCUGCCAUCCCGGUCAUCAAGAAGAAGCUGGUGGGAUCCGUGAAGGCCCUGCAGAAGCAAUAUGUGUCCCUGGACACUGCGGUAACCAGUGAAGAUGCCGAUGCCAACACCAUGUGCAGCGCCCUGGAGGCAGUGUUCAUCCACGGCCUGCACGCUAAGCACAUCCGAGCUGAGGCUGGGGGAAAAAGGAAGAAAAAUACCCACCAGAAGCAUUUGCCACAGCCUGUCUUCUGGUCCCUUUUGAAGGCUGUCACCCACAAACACGUCAUCUCAGAAUUGGAGCACCUGGCCUUUGUCAACACGGAUGUGGGCCGCUGCCGGGCCUGGCUGCGGCUGGCACUCAAUGACGGCCUGAUGGAGUGCUACCUGAAGCUGCUGCUCCAGGAGCAGGCUCGGCUGGCGGAGUACUAUCAGCCAUCCGCCUUGCUCCGAGAUGCCGAGGAGGCCGAGUUCCUCCUCAGCUUCCUGCAGGGCCUGACGUCCUUGUCCUUCGAACUGUCCUAUAAGUCUGCCAUCUUAAACGAGUGGACGCUUACCCCAUUGGCCCUCUCGGGGCUCUGCCCACUCUCUGAGCUUGAACCUCUCACUACCUCUGGUGUGGAACUUCAGCGGAAGGAGUCUCUGGAUUCAGUUUCACACUCCUCGGGCUCAGAGGACAUCGAAGUACAGCAUUCGGGUCACAAGAUCCAGCGGAACAGAAAGCUCACUGCCUCCUCCCUCAGCCUAGACACAGCCAGUUCAUCCCAGCUAUCCUGCAGCCUAAACUCUGAUAGUUGCCUACUCCAAGAGCAUGGCCCUAAGAGUCCAGACCAUUCUGAGGAGCCUAUGUCCUAUGACUCAGACCUGGGCCCCACAAAUGCGGAUGACUCGGACCCGUCUCUGCAAGAGGUGUUGUCAGAGUUCAGCAAAGCCCAGGUAAACUCUGUGCCAACCAGGGGACCGAGCCAAGAAUCGGAGAUCCCCACUCUCCAGGCCUCGCCCUUCCUGCACAGCCUUGCCACCAGCACACACCUGCACUUUGAUGUACCUGCAGAGCCUCCUCCUGCUCAAGCAUCUUCUGGGACCCAUGAUGGUGGCCACAAGCAGGAAUCACUUUUCCAGACACCAGGCAUCCUGGACUUGCCACAGCUUGACUCUGCCCAAGCUGUCCCUGCAGGAACUGCUUCAAGCCAGCAGCCUGAUGGGACUGUGAGAGCGAUGACUGGAGCAGGCAGUCAAGAGACUGGCCCACGGAAGGCCCUGGAGGAUGGUGGAGCUGGACUAAAGCCGAUGGUUUCUUCCCCUACCAGUCCGAAAGGGACGAGCUGGAUCUCAGAAGAUGACUUCUACCGGCCUCCCAGGGAGCCACCUGCGGAGGGAGCUUCCAGCGGAUCCCCAGGGCUCUCCAGGGUGACACCAAAGGUCAGAGCUGCUCUCCACAGGCGUCUUUCUCAAGGACCAAGAAAGAGCUCCUCUCUAGGGACUCUAGAAGCGUCUCCACCUUCCCCAGGGCCCAGGAAAGCCCCAGCAGCCCAGGCACAGGAGCACAGGAACUUCCGGGUGGUGCACCGGAGGCAGAUGGGACUGUCCAACCCGUUCCGUGGCCUCAUGAAGCUGGGCACAGUGGAGCGGCGAGGGGCCAUGGGCAUGUGGAAGGAGCUCUUCUGUGAGCUCUCCCCGCUGGAGCUCCGCCUCUACCUGAGUGACGAGGAGCGCACCUGCGUGGAGAGCUGCUCACUGCUGCGCUGUGAGUCUGUGGGGCCAGCCCACAGUGAUGGGCGCUUUGAGCUGGUCUUCUCAGGCAAGAAAUUGGUCCUGCGUGCCUCCUCGCAGGAUGAGGCCGAAGACUGGCUAGAUCGCGUGCAGGAGGCCCUGCAGAAGGUCCGACCCCAGCAGGAGGAUGAGUGGGUGAACAUCCAGUACCCUGAACAGCCUGAGGACACCCCUGAGUCUCCCGAGGGUGGCCACCCCUCUCACUUGGACCUGUUCUCAGAAUCUACAGCCCUCCAGGACACACACUUGGACUGGGCGUCUGCUCAGGUUCCAGAGCCCGACGCUAUCAAAGAGUCCCUUCUGUACCUGUAUACAGACAGGACCUGGGUACCCUAUAUAUUUUCCCUGUCCUUGGAGUCCCUAAAGUGCUUCCGUGUGAAAAAUAAGGAGAAGAUGCUAAGCGACAGCCAUGGAGUGGAGACCAUCCGAGAUGUCCUGCCAGAUACCAGUCUCGGGGGCCCAGCUUUCUUUAAGAUCAUCACAGCCAAGGCCGUCCUGAAGCUGCAGGCUGGGAAUGCCGAGGAGGCCACCCUGUGGAGGAACCUGGUGCGCAAGGUCCUGGCAUCCUACUUGGAAACGGCUGAGGAGGCAGUGACCCUUGGUGGAAGUCUGGACGAAAACUGUCAGGAGGUGCUGAAGUUUGCCACACGGGAGCACGGCUUCCUGCUACAGUACCUGGUGGCCAUCCCCACGGAGAAGGGUCUGGGCUCCCAGGGCUGCUUCUGCGCAGGCUGCUCGCGACAGAUUGGCUUCUCCUUCAUACGACCCAAGCUCUGUGCCUUCUCUGGUCUCUAUUACUGUGACAUCUGCCAUCAGGACGAUUCCUCAGUGAUCCCAGCCAGGAUCAUCCACAAUUGGGACCUCACUAAGCGCCCGGUCUGCCGGCAGGCCCUGAAGUUCCUGAAGCGGAUACGGGCCCAGCCUCUCAUCAACCUGCAGCUGGUGAACGCAUCUCUGUAUGAACAUGUGGAACGGAUGCACCUCAUCGGCAGGAGCCGGGAGCAGCUGAAGCUUCUAGGCGAUUACUUGUGCCUGUGCCGAAGUGGCGUCUUAAAGGAGCUGAGCAGGAGGCUCAACCACAGGAAUUACCUCUUAGAGUCUCCUCACAAAUUCAGUGUCGCUGACCUCCAGCAGAUCGCAGAGGGUGUAUAUGAAGGAUUCCUCAAGACGCUGAUCGAGUUUGCCUCCCAGCACGUCUACCACUGCGACCUGUGUACCCAGCGCGGCUUCAUCUGCCAGAUCUGCCACCACCAUGACAUCAUCUUCCCCUUUGAGUUUGACACCACAGUCAGGUGUGCCGAGUGCAAGACCGUCUUUCACCAGAGCUGCCAGGCCGUGGUGAAGAAGGGCUGUCCCCGCUGUGCCCGCCGGCGCAAGUACCAGCAACAGAACAGUCUCACCUGACCCUGCUGCCCUAAGCUACCCCGCCAUCCCAGCUGGGCUUGCCAUCAGUCCCUUGAUUUCACGAGUGUGCUGGCUGCCCCCACCCCUUGUCGGGAAACUCCAGGAGUGCUGAGGCCUCCCACCCCUUGCUCUGCUCCAGGAGUGUGGACACAACAGAGGCCCACGCCCGAUGCUAGGGGCCCUCUCAGCAGGCCAGGGACCUGAGGCCAGGCUGUGUACACACUGUGGGGCAGAUGGGAUGUUUCCAUUCCACAUUCCUAAUUAAAAGGACUAGUUUUCUAAGGUGGGUCUUCCCACUUUAUGUUUCAGAAGAAAAUAUUUUUUUCUAUUCUUGACACUGCACAACUGAUCUAAGAACUCCAGGCCUGCUUACCCUGAGCAGCGUGCUGGAGCCUCUGGUGCCUAGCCUGAAGGCUGGCUGGUGGCAGGCAGGUCAAACAGCCUGUCCUGUAGAGCAGGCAGUCCUGAGGACAGCCUCCUUCCUCUCCAUGUCCCCAUGCCCCUCAUUUGCAAAGCCCAGCCCCUCCUUUUGAUCCCAGCCUCCCUGGAUCUUCUCUGGCCUGGGGUUUGGUCCUUGCAACAGGGAGAUAAAAUGACUCAACACCAGCACUGACAGCACUUUGUCCCACCUUGAUUCAUCCCUAGGCCCUCCUCACCCCUGCACCCCGCAGGGCCCUACCCCAGGUGGGCCCUCAGGUCACCCCACCUUCCUCACUUUGACCCCCUCCCCCGCCCCUGGGCCAGGCCCGGCACAGUGAGAAAGGAGCUGGAUCCUUGCCCUGCUAAGGUGUGUGGGACACACGGACACCGCCUCAGCCUCAGCUUGUGAACUCACACAGCAUGACUGGCUACAUGGCAGCAGGGAGCUUGGGGGCUGGGCUGGCAGCCUGAAAUGGUUCCCAAAGUGAAGUUCAGAGGCCUCGAGAAAUGUGAAUGUUGUCGCUCCGCUGCCUUCCCCACUUCUGAGCCCAGCAGGUCCCUCUCAGCGCUGGAGACCUCUGGUGAGCUCUGCCUGCUCCUGUCAGAUGAGCCCUCCCCGCCCUUGCCCGGGGCUGGUUUGACUGCUGAGUCACCUGCCAGUCCCCAGAAGCUGCUGAACUGUGAGGUAAAGCAGAGGAGGCGGUGACAAGGGAGUGACAAGGCUGCCACGGUUUCUGUGUCCCUCACAGAGUGGUACGCACCCAUACCCAGAACACCAAUGCCUCCUAAACUAGGAGGUCUUUCCCCUUCCUACCCCAUAAGUGGUCUGAUCCGAGCCAUCAGUGCUCCAGGUUCCUGAGUGGGCAACAGCCUAGUCUGGGGUGACCCUGGGUCUAGGAAUACAUUCCAGAAGGUCCCCUAGGAGGCAGCAAGAAUGAGGCCCUAAUUAGUGGGGCUUCCUUCCACGCCCCCUCUUGCACACCCUCUGCGCCUGGACCAUGGCAUUGGAGCUUGCCUGCUCCCUCCAGUGGGUAGCUGCUGUGCGCCUCAGCAGUGCCCACGCUGUUUUAGAAACGGGAUUGUAUGCAAUAAGCUGCUGGUGAUGAGACUGGGCUCUGGCCCUGAGAAGUGCUUUGCCGAAUACUGAAGGAACACUGAUUUUUAAAUUAAUUUUGCAGUAAAGACCUAAUCUUUCUAA